AUGGGCUGCGCGACUUCCGCCACCAUCACUGAGGAUAACGUGGAAGACCUCCGAACGAGGAUCCGAAAGCUGAAGGACCCACAGCUUGACGAUGCUGCGAAGGCGAGAGAAUUGAGGCUUUUGGGCAAAUGGCCAGGUAUGGGUCCGCACAUCGCGGCCGAAGGCGGUGUGUCGGCUAUCCUGGAGCUGCUGGAGGGCGGCAGCGAUUGGCUGAAGAAGGAGGCAGCCGAGGCUUUGUUCUGCAGGGCACAAGGCGACGACGACUUCGCCAGGGCCAUCGUGGCCUGCGGCGGCCGGGCGCAGCUGGAGGCCGUGGCCAAUGAUGGCAGGCCGGACCCGGACUCGACGGUGGUGGGGGGGAGGAACGUGGCUCGAGCGGUGCUGAACAUCUGCCAGAAAGUGCCAGAGACUGCCGAGGCCGCAGCAUAG